GCACCCAGGAGAAGGUACCUUGGUUUGUUUACUGGAUCUUAUUGAAACGCAAAAGCAUCAUGUUGUUUUGAAAAUCAUUUGCGCUUGAAUGGAAUUAUAUGAGUUAAAUUUAUGUGAAUUUGCUUGUUGUGUGCGUGAGAAUGGUUUCUCACACUGCUUUUUAAGUGUUUGGGUAUAUUUCCUUCAGAAUGGUUGCUUGGAUUUUUUCGUACAUGGGACCUAUCUGUUGUGCAUUGUGGUUGUGCUUUGCAAAGUUAAUGUCCUGGAACAUUUACUAGUAAAUAUAAAUUGAAUUGUUCCUUUAGCAUAGUUGACAACCUUUUCACUCUAUUUGAAUGUGUAUGUAUUUGGUCUCUUCUUCGAUCUCCUCUUUUUUUUUUUUUUCUUUUUUUUUUUUGUUUUGCAGUUGAAUUCUAAAUAAGUAGUUUUUAUAUGCUGUAGUUUGUUUUAUCUUUGCCCAUAUGCUAAUGCUUUUCUAUACAUCAUCUGAUCCAUGGAUUACUUCUUUGGAUGCAAAUGCUACUGAGAUGUGCUGCUUCAACUUUAAAGUGAGAGUAUGUGGCAUUCUGGUCAUCCCUUUGCAACUCUUGACGACGCAGGCAUGAGAAAGAAGCUUGACGCUCUUCUUGGAAGAACCUUCAAGGUCUUUAAAUUCAUCACACUUGCCAAUCUUGCUACCUCUCGCGUUGCAGUUUUCAAGAACCAACGCCAAAUCAGGUGCAAUCAAGCUCGCUCUGAAGUGCUUCAGCUUCUUCAACAUGGCGAGCAUGAACGUGCUCUUCUUCGUGUUGAGCAUGUGAUCAAGGAGCAGCAUACGCUGGAUGUGUAUGUUAUGGUUGAAGGGUACUGCAAUCUCUUGGUUGAAAGAGUUCACCUCAUUGAUAAAGAGAGAGUGUGUCCUGAUGAAAUGAAGGAGGCAGUGUCAAGCUUAAUAUAUGCAUCUAACAGAUGCGGAGAUUUCCCUGAGCUUCUUGAAAUCCGAACCAUUUUCACCGCUUGGUAUGGGAAAGAAUUUGCUGCUCGUGCUAUUGAAUUGCGAAAUAAUUGUGGAGUGAAUCCUAGGAUGAUACAAAAGCUUUCAACCAGGCAGCCUAGCUUGUAUAGCAGAUUGAAGGUCCUCAAGGAGAUUGCCUCAGAAAAUAACAUUAUUUUGCAGCUUGAGGAAGCCUCUCUUACAAAUGAGGAAGCACUGAAGCAGAACCAUUAUGAGCCAGAGUCAUCAACUAGUUCAGGUGGCCCUAAGCGAAAGUAUAAGGAUGCAGUUGAUGCAGCCCAAGAUGCCUUUAAGCUAUCAGCCAAUGCAGCAGCUGCAGCAAAAGCAGCUCUGGAACUCUCUCGAUCCGAACCCCACGAUACUCACAAUAAUAACAGUUCCAAAAAUCGAGGAAAAAGUAGUAUGAGAUAAUGGCCAUGAAACUUGAAUCUGAACACAUGUAACUCACCAUUAAAAUGAGGCUAUAAAAUGGAAGGCAACUAAUUUUGUGAGUUGGUUUUGUCUUGUUAUUUUCUGUUUUUGUUGGAAAUUGAGAUAUCUUGUUGCAAGUAAAUUUCUUUGAUGUAAA